GUGUGUGUGUGGAGUGUCCAAGUGCGUAAUCUUCCCCAGCCAUCAUUUCCUACCGAACACUAGCGGAAUAUGCGCGUAAGGAAAUGCGCGUGAGGAUAUACUCGGUGCGCGCGGGUCUAAUCGGUGCGAUACGUGUCUCGCUCACGACCAAAACGUCGAGGAGAUAGUGAAAAUCUCUCAAAAAGAACAAUUUUCGUUAUCCCCUCAAACAAGAAGGGAAUCUCUUUUUUUGGGACAUAGGGCGGUUGAAAAAAGCCGUCGGGAGGAAAGGACACUCGGCUAUUCAAAGUUUAGUGAGGACGGUUAUUUGUUCUGAUGUGAUUGCCAUGAUGCUCACAUAAGAAAACACGAUGAAGGAGGUAAAAUUGAGGGAUUGAUGAGUUUAUACUGUUUGGGACACACGCAGAGGUUGAAUUUAUGGUCAUUUUGUUGGCACUGAUAACAUUUCCUUUGAAGUUCAGAAAAAUGAAUGCUUCAGUAACGUCUCGCACUAGAAAGAUGUGGCACGCGUCUUAAGGGAAGAUUGACGUGCCUCCAGACACCUUCAGUCGCUGUUUAGUCAGCCCGUUUAGAUAGGGUGGAGGUGGGGGGAGAUUCCGUUUUCCCCGAACUCAUCACAUUAAGAUUAACAAGCCGUCUUUAAGAGUAGCCAUCCUCUGUGGUCAUUCAUGAACUUGUUGAACACCCAGUCCUCCGCGGGACCCUUCCUAUCGAGAGUGAAUGUCAAUGACAGUACAGAGGCCAAGCUGCUAUAGAGGAUGAUUGACAGAAGGCAAAGCUGAGACGGCUGUCAGUCAACAUCUAGCCAGAGUUUCAGAAGCCUUACUCUCUCUCCAACCCUGACUGAUCAUUUAGUCUUCUCUGCCUCCACUUCUCUUAUCUCUGCUGGCACUGCCUGCCAUCCUGCCCCUUCCCAGUGGACACAAUAAAGACCAGAGGUGGAGAUUGAAGCAUCAGACUUGACGACCUUACCGUGACCAAAGGGAAGCUGGCAUGCUGCCGCAGUCCUUCUGGCCUACGCUCAUCAAAAGUUGGAUUAUUUUCUAAACCAGACCUAGAGCUCCCUCUCCACCCCCCCUUUCUCUAUCUCUCUUUCGCUCAUGCGUUUUUGAGAGGAGGGAGCAGACGGAUACUUUACAUCACAGUGAAUAGUCUAUUAGAGGGGCGGCCCGAAUAAAGGAAGCAGCCAUGCAUUUCCCGCUGCUCUUGACACUGCAGGCAUUAUGGCUGACUGUGUGUCAGGGCACGCAACACUAUCCCACAACCUGGGGACACUAUGACUUGUGCAAGUCACAUGGCUACACGGACGAAGGCCCGACCUGGUAUUACAUGGCCUGUCAGCCCGAAGCCGCGGACAUGACCAAGUACCUAAAAGUCACUCUUGACCCACCCAACAUCACCUGUGGAGACCCACCAGAGACCUACUGCACCCUGGAAAACCCCUACAUGUGCAACAACGAGUGUGACGCAGCCACGGAUGAGCUGGCCCACCCUCCUGAGCUCAUGUUUGACUUUGAGGGCCGUAACCCCACCACCUUCUGGCAGUCCACCUCCUGGAAGAAAUACCCUAAACCUCUGGCGGUCAACAUAACCCUGUCAUGGAACAAGACCAUUGAGCUGACUGAUGACAUUGUCAUCACUUUUGAGUCAGGUCGGCCUGAGCAGAUGGUUUUGGAGAAGUCUCUGGACUAUGGACGGAGCUGGCAGCCCUACCAGUUUUACGCUACUGACUGCCUUGAUGCUUUCACUAUGGAGGCCAAGACGGUGAAAGACAUUACUCAGCACACAUUGCUGGACAUUAUCUGUACAGAAGAAUAUUCCAGAGGUUACGUGUGGAAGAAUGACAAGACUGUACGCUUCGAAAUCAAAGACCGUUUCGCACUGUUCGCCGGGCCUAAACUGCACAAUAUGGCCUCGCUGUAUGGACAACUGGACACCACCAAGAACCUGAGAGACUUUUUCACCAUUACUGACCUGCGCGUACGUCUGCUCAGGCCUGCCACGGGCGCCACCAUGGUGGAUGAGAACAACCUUUCAAGAUACUUCUACGCUAUCUCUGACAUUAAAGUACAUGGCAGGUGCAAGUGCAACCUUCAUGCCAACAGCUGCAUCUUUGACAAAGAGAAACUCACUUGCGAGUGUGAGCACAACACUACGGGACCUGACUGUGGCCGCUGUAAGAGGAAUUAUCAGGCCAGAGCUUGGAGCGCUGGAUCCUAUCUCCCCAUCCCCAAGGGCACAGCAAAUAUCUGCCUCCCAAAUAGCGUUGGUCCAGUUAUUCGGCAGAACAUUUCAUCUCUAGGUGUCGCUAACCGAAAUCAAGUAGCUCCUCAAGUUGCUUUGUCAACCGUUCCUUCUGUACAAGUUGCAAACAGUAAGAGAGACUGCGAAUGCUUCAGUCACUCCAAUCGCUGCAGUUACAUCGAGGUGCUAAACACCGUCAUUUGCGUGAGCUGUAAGCACAACACUAGAGGGCAGCACUGCCAACUGUGCAAGCUUGGAUACUACCGCAAUGCCUCAGCAAAGCUGGACGAUGAGAAUGUUUGCAUAGACUGUAAUUGUAAUCCCUUUGGCUCAGACACUGAUCGCUGUAAUGGCACAGGAUAUUGUAAAUGUAAGGAGGGAACGACAGGGGCUAAGUGCGAUGAGUGUCUACAAGGAUAUUUGUGGGACAAUGGCUGCAAAUCCCGGGUGUGUGACAAUGAACUUCUGCGUUGCCAAAACGGUGGUGAGUGUAUGAACAACAUCCGUUGUCAGUGUCCUCCGGCGUACACCGGCCUGCUGUGUGAGAAACCGCGGUGUGAGAAUGAGCCGGGCGGCUGCGGAGGGUCGUACUCGGGCCAGGCUUCUCUCCGCCCCCCUGUGCCGAUCCUGCUUUUGCUGCUUUUCGUCCUGGGUCCCGUUCUCCUCGUGGAGAUCUGCUGGGUCACAGUCCUUUGAGAGGCAGAUCUCUGACUAUCCUGCUUCUUCUGUAUGAGCAGCGCACCGGACCCACGGACAUUCGGCCGGCCAUGUGGAAUGUGCCCAAAUAUCAAAGCGAAAUUUCAGAGGAUGACAGACAAAAUAUAAUAAAUAAAUACAUCAACAAAAAUAGCAUUUCUAAAAAUUGAUUCAAAAAAAAAAAAUCAAGGUGUUAUUUAUAGAAUUUACCUGAGCAUAUGCUUUAUGAAGCAAAUAAGUGGAAGCAGAGACUUGAACCAAGCCAUAAUAGAUACUCACUCCCCUAACAAAACGAGAGAGUGACAGGGAUCGGAGCGGACAAUACUCAUCCCUUUCCUCCCUUUAUCACCACGGCAACGGGAGCUGCGUUCAGCCAGCGGCAUGUACAAGUAAAGCCAGCUGCCGCCCCUCACCUGAGCCAUUCUGGGUAUCGUGUUGGCUGUAGACUGCUUUCGGCUAUUGUGACACAGAGCGAUGGAAAUCUGUCUGGAUUGUGUGAACUGGACGAUUACAAAAAAAUAAAUAAAGAUAAAGCAGUAAUAAUAUAGAAAAAGACUUGAGAAAAGAAGCAUUCUUUGCUGUCAGUGCAUUGUGGAUACAAGGAAACCUAUUGAGAAUGUCACAUUUGAUCUGCUUUCAAAUUGAGCUCGUCCCGCCAACACCCCCGACCCCACCCUCGAAAAUAAACUUUAGAGUGUCCUUUGUGUCAAGAGCCCCGUCCUUCCUACACCAUGUGCUUUUGUGAAUGUAAUUCUGUAACCCUUGAUAUUUUUUUUUUUUCUUUCAUAUAUAUAUAUUUUUGGUUUCCUUUCAGUCUGUGUGAUGUUAGUCACACUCAUGUGGUACAACCCCCAUCCUCCAAAAAAUACGAUUAAAAACUCUGACUUUGAAAUGUGACAGACUGUUUGCUGAGGCCAUGGUCAAAGAUGUGUUUUCACCCAAAUGAUGAAGUGCUUAGACAGUCAUCAGUGUAUUUAAUUUUUGUAUUAAAACAGAAGUUAUUUUCUUGACAGAGUAAAGAUGAUGUAGAGCAUAAACGUUUUUGUAUUAUUGCUGAAAUGUGUUUAAGGGCAAUAUUUUAGUGCGUUCAAUCAAGGUGCAAACAGAAAUAUUCGAUUACGUUUGUCUGAAUUUUUAUUUAAUUUACACUUUUUUUCACUUUUCCUUCAGUUUGAUUGUGACGUUUUCCUAAAGUAUAUUGGCAACGUGCUGGCAUCAAAGAAUAUCAGUUUACAUGCAGUAUAUAUACUGAGAUGUAAAAAAAGAAAAUCACACCAAAGGACAUUCUAAAUGUUUUCUUGUUGCUUUAACACUGAAAAGUUUAAGUGAAUAAAACUUUAAAAGGA